AGCCGCGCAGAGGAAGAGCGGGACGCGGCAGCUGCAGCGGGCUCGCGCUGAGUUGAACCCUCCGUGAUGUCUGUGACCUCCAAAGUGGUUCUGGGAGUUUCUGUGGUUCUGACUCUGAGCACCGUGGCGACUGUGCACCUGAAACAGGCCUGGGACCGAGAGCGCCUCCACCAGGGUGUCGUUCGGGAUCUGGAGCGGCUGGAGAGGAAGAAGGAGAACCUGCGGUUGCUGGAGCAGCAGAAGGUCCUGACCCGACACCUGGAGGAGGAGCGGCGGCGUGCUGAGGCCAGGCUCCGCCCACAGGACACGUGAGGCAGGACCGGCCCACAGGUGGCGCUGCGGCUGAGGGCGGACAUGGACAGCAGCGGCGAGCCCCUGGCGGCGGACGAGGUGACGUGCACGUCGGCGUCAGAGGGGCUGGAGGAGGGGGAGGUGGAGGGGGAGACUCUGCUGAUCGUGGAGUCGGAGGAUCAGGGUUCGGUGGACCUGUCCCACGACCAGAGCGGGGACUCGCUGACCAGCGACCUGGGGGAGGAGGGGGAGGGCGGCUGGGCCUGCGAGGACAUGUCCUUCUACUGCGAGCGCUGUCACAAGUGGACCCCUGCAGCUCAGCUCCGAGGAGAACAGCCCAGCUACCUGAAAGGAGACAACUUCUUCAAGUUCACCUGCUGCAGCUGCUCCGAGGACGGCAAGGAGAGCUUUGAGAGGAUGCGGCUCACCUGGCAGCAGGUGGUGAUGUUGGCCAUGUACAACCUGUCCCUGGAGGGGACGGGCCGGCAGGGCUACUUCCGCUGGAAGGAGGACAUCUGCGCCUUCAUCGGCCGGCACUGGAACUUCCUGCUGGGAACCAGGAAGAAGACCUCCACCUGGUGGAGCACGGUGGCCGGCUGCCUGUCUGUCGGCAGCCCCACCUUCUUCCGCUCGGGGGCGCAGGAGUUUGGAGAACCCGGCUGGUGGAAGCUGGUCCAGAACCGACCCCCCACCCUGAGGCCCGAUGUGGACAAGUCCGCCGCCAAGACCAAAGGUAAGGCGCAGCCAGUCCGCAGAGGGCGGGGUUCCACGUCUCUGCUCAGCUGCUUGUGGUCCGCAGCGUCCAAACCCGUCCUGGACCCCAUCAUCACGGUGGAGGGCUUGAGGAAGCGGGGGGCCCGGAACGCCGUGGAGAACGCCAUGCAGCUGAAGGAGAAGCGUUCUCGCACCCAGGAGGCCAAAGACAUCCGUCGAGCACAGAAGGAGGCGGUGGGAGGAUACCCCGACCGUAGUGCCUCCUCCACGCCCGUCAAACUGGGCGGGGGCCGUGGCGGGGGGGCCGGGCGGCGGCCCGAUCUGGUCCUAGAGAAGGGGGAGGUCAUCGACUUCUCCUCGCUGAGCUCCUCGGACCGGACUCCUCUCACCAGCCGGUCUCCGUCACCCUCCCCCGACUUCUCCGCCCCAGGGACGCCGGCCUCCCAGUCGGCCACGCCCAGUCUGCUGUCGGAGGCGGACCUCAUUCCUGACGUCAUGCCCCCCCAGGCGUUGUUCCACGAUGACGAGGAGGUGGACGGCAUGAUUGAUCCAGGAAUGGAGUACGCCCCCCCACCCAGCGCCACCCUCAUAGGCCGCAAGAAGGUCUGCUCCGCCCCCCCUCACAUCAAAAGAGAAGCUGACAGCGAGGAAGACGAUUGUCCUGAGCGCCACGAAGACUUUGAGGAGUCGGGAGGAAGGAAGGAAGCUCCUCCCUCUCCGUCUGGGGGGGCCGAGCGGAGGAGGGCGCCGGCGGCCGCCGACAUCGUGGCUAGUCCUCGCUGCGUCGCCGUCAGCCUGUACGAGGAGCGGCUGCUGCUACGGCGCCUGGACGCCUGCCCGCUGGCGCUGGCCGUCACGCCGCAGGCCCGCCGUCUUCGCCGGAAGCUGCUGGUCCGCCAGGCCAAGAGGCAGAGAGGGCUCCCCCUGCUGGACGUGGACCGGGCCAUCAGUGCCACCCUCAGCCUGGUGGGAGGGAUCUACGGCGGCUCUGAAGGGGGCCCCAACGCGGGGGGCGGAGCCGAGGAGAAGUACCGCACCAGCAGUCGGGAGCUGCAGAUCCUGGAUCGUUUCCAGACCAGAACCUCCGGCAGAAGAGGCGUCCCGUUACACUCUGUGUCCUUCUGGCAUCGGCUGAUGGGCGCUGAAGGCGGUCUGGAGCAGAGCAUCAAGAGUCCGUACACGUCCCGCGUGCUGAAGCCGUACAUCAGGAGGGACUAUGAGAGCCGCCCUCUGAAGCUGCGGUUGUUGGCUGAAAUCAGAGCGUACCCCCACAGGAAGGACCCGGCCUGGGUCCCUGAAGCCGACGCCCCCAUCGACUACUGCUACGUCCGUCCCAACCACAUCCCCUCCGUCAACGCCAUGUGUCACCACGGCUUCUGGCCAGGAGUGGACCUGUCCGAGUGCCUGCAGUACCCGGACUUCAGCGUGGUGGUCCUCUACAAGAAGGUGGUGGUGGGCUUUGGGUUCAUGGUUCCGGACGUCAAGUACAAUGAGGCCUACAUCUCCUUCCUGCUGGUGCAUCCUGAGUGGAGGAGGGCCGGCAUCGGGACCUUCAUGAUCUACCACCUCAUCCAGACGUGCAUGGGGAAGGACGUGACGCUGCACGUGUCGGCCAGUAACCCCGCCAUGCUGCUUUACCAGAAGUUCGGCUUCAAGGCCGAGGAGUACAUCCUGGACUUCUACGACAAGUUCUACCCCGUGGACAGCGCCGAGUGCCGCCACGCCUUCUUCCUGCGCCUGCGGCGCUGACGCCCGGCUGCUGAUCCAGUUUGGUCCGUCACCUCCGACUUCCACGUGAUCCUGUUUUCCAGAUCCAAUAAAAGUUUCAUUCAGGCUUUCCUGACCACAGACUGCAUUACCCAUGAUGCACUGGGCUAUGUCACUGUGGCAACAGUUUGAGCAGAUAGGAGAAAGCUGGAGCAGGAAUUUGUCCUUUGUUUGGGGGGGGGGUCACAGCCCCACCUUCAUGGAAAACAGAAGGAAACUGUUUCACAGACUUGGGGGGUCACUCCAAGUCCAUGGGGGUCUUGGCCUCAGUUGACAGACCCACCUGGUCCCAAGGAUGGCUCCAAGUCCCCGGUGACUGGGGCCCGUGACCUCUACCCCCACCCCCCAUGAUGACAUGAACUGGGGGGGGGGGGUUCUAAAGGUUCUGUCUGAAUUGUUUCCCUAACUAUUGAAGGUUCUCCAUCUUCUAGUUCGUCUGGAUCUACGCUUCCAAAAUCCAGAACCCUAAAAAUUUCCCAGAAGUCUCUGCAGAAAACCAGUGUGCGUCCAUCCUCACUACAUCAGUGAAUAUAGACCACAAUGCAUUGCAUCGGAAUUAUUUUUUGCCACAAAAAUGUAUUUAAUGUCUUUUUUUAAAUAAACGUCGUUUUUGUCUUCAGGAGACGGCGGAUCAGAAAUAGA